UUAUUGUUGUUCAGGUAUCUGACGCGCAUAGAAUGGACGUAUGUAUGGGUAGACUCAGAAAUUGUUGAAGGCAUCUACAUCUCCGUUAGGGUUGCAAAACAUGAUUAUUGGCUCGUAGAGAAGGCCGAUUAGCGUGUGUGUGGACGGCAUUGUGCUGGACAAUGUUAAUAGUCGCCACUUGUUGCUACCCUGCGAGGAUAUAUUUGCUUCUACAAGUACAUAUAUUGUCGACAUGCUUCCCCGUCUCUAGAGUCUGGGUCGGAUUAGAGGCUUCACAGCAGCAUCUCCCACAUCCAAAUCAUAUCCCAUCAGGCGGUAUUUAGUAUGGCGGUCGUUUCUCUCGAAACCCUGGCUAUCUUGGCCCCCAUUCUCAUCAUUGGUAGCCUGGCCUGGAGAAUAAUUCAUAGCCUUUACUUCCACCCCCUUUCCAAGUUCCACGGUCCGUGGUACGCGUCUUCCUUCUCUAUCGUCCAUGCACUUGCCUCUACCCUCAAAAUUGAACACGAAUGGCUUCUUCAACUUACGAAACGCUAUGGUGCUUCCGAACCCAUUCGAAUCGCUCCAAACCUACUCCUCUUCCCGCAGCCCUCGGCUGUCAAGCAGAUCUACUGGGACUCAAAGUGCAACAACAAGGGCCUGUUCUACGGUAGCGGCGCCCUGGGACCCCCGCAUCUGUUCACCACGCUGGACGGCGACCAGCACAAGGAUCUGAGAAAGGCGAUCGGCGGGCCGCACUACACCAUCGGGACGCUCAAGAACCACUGGGAGCCGAGGUUCGAUGACCUCAUCCUGACUGCUCUCGAGAAAUGGGGUGAGCUGGCCGAGAAGGGCGAGACCAUACUGUUGGGUGACAAAGUCGCUGAAUUCGCCGCCGAUAUCAUGACAAUGGUAUCCUUCUCGGAACCCUGGGGCUUUGUGCGAAACGGUCGCGAUGAGCGUGAAAUGCUGAGACGCUGGCGCGAUAGCUUGCCCUACUUUGGAUUCGUGAACCGAUUCCGCUGGUUUCGUGAUGUGGUUAUGAAGUCCUCGUGGGGAGUCUGCUUCCUCCCUUCGAGUUCCGACGAGACUGGCAUGGGCUUUUUUAUGCGCGAGGCAGACAGACAGGUUUCCAUUCGGGAGCAGCGAAUAGAGAAUGAACACUACUCCCAAGAGUGUCCGGAUUUUCUCCAACACUGCCUCGAGGCCCGCAUCGGCUCCAAACCACUCUCGCCGCUACAGAAGCGCUCCCACAUCACGCUGCUGUUCCAAGCCGGCGCCGACACCACCGGCACCGCGCUGGGCUGCACCUUUCGCUUCCUGGCCAUGAACCCCGACAUCAUGUCCCGCUGCCAGGCCGAGAUCGACGCGGCCGACCAGGCCGGCAAGCUGUCCAAUCCCAUCAUCCAAUUCGAGGAAACGCGAACACACCUGCCCCUCAUCGUAGCUUGCAUCAGAGAGUCGCUGCGCCUGAACCCGCCGGCGCCGACCUUGUUCCCGCGCAUCACGCCGGGCGCCGAUGGGGGCGGGUUUGGAGCAAAAACUUCCAGCAGCAGCUUCAAGACGGUCGAUGACGUCGUUCUGCCGCCCGGGUUCGAGAUCACGACGCACCCGUACGUCGUGCAGCGGGACCCGGUGCUCUACGCACCCGACCCCGAGGUUUACCGCCCGGAGAGGUGGCUCGAGGCCAGCCCGGAGAAGCUGAGCGAGAUGGAGGCAGGGCAGUUCACGUUUGGGGUCGGGCCGAGGGUGUGUUUGGGCAAGGACGUGGCUUAUAUGGAGAUGUAUAAGCUGAUACCCCAGGUUUUGCGCACUUUUGACCUGGACCUGCAGCGAAAAGGGAGAUUUGUGGUGGCCGGAGGAGUAGCGUAUAACCAUGACCUUGCAGUGAAGCUACGUUUGAGGAAGAGUGGUGAGGUAUGAGGCUGUUAUCUGGCUUGAAAACCUUGGUCUAUUCUCUUGAGCAUGAAAGAAUUGGUAAAGCGGCGUUGGGGGUGCAGCCCUUAUGAUUAUUGGCGAUUUCUCUACUUCCGGUUUAGGAUACAUCCUUCAAGGACGUCUCCAACGAUAGCACUCUGUUACAAUUAUUUGUUUUGACAGUUUGGCAGAUAUAUGCUCUGAAACUCUACUAGACGCUCGCUUGUACUGCGAAAAAAAAAGAAAAUCUCAAAUCAACUCCUA